AUCAUGAGUUUCUCAAACAAAGUGGUUAUAGUGACUGGUUCAAGUUCCGGCAUCGGAGCCGCUACAGCAGUUCAAUUCGCUAAAGAAGGUGCCAACGUUGUAAUAGUUGGCAGGAAGGAAGACAAACUGAAGAAUGUCUUCGAAAUAUGCAGCAGGAGCGGUAACACGCCACUCCUCAUCAAAGCUGAUAUUAGUAACGAUGACGAUGCUAAAAGAGUAAUCAGUGAAACCAUCAACAAAUUUGGUAAAAUAGACGUUUUGGUGAACAACGCUGGAAUUUCUGACGGUGGGACUAUCUUAGAUGGAACUAUAUUGAAAGCGUACGAUAGUAUAAUGGCAGUGAAUGUACGAGCUGCUGUUCACCUUACAGCAUUGGCUGCUCCUCAUCUCGUCCAAACUAAAGGCAAUAUUGUGAAUAUAUCCAGUGUAGCUGGAAAAAUAGCAACAAUUGCUGGAUAUCUAGCUUAUGCUGUUUCGAAAGCUGCAUUAGAUCAUUUCACUCGUGGCGCUGCUCUAGAGUUAUCUUCUUCAGGAGUUAGAGUGAACAGCAUUAGCCCGGGACCAGUAAGAACGGAUAUUAUUGAAAAUUCAGGUAUAUUGAACAUGUCCUGGGAUGAUAUGGGUAACAUGACUCCUCUAAAAAGGUGCUCAGAACCUGACGAAAUAGCAGAAAUUGUUCUGUAUCUAGCAAGUGAGAAGGCAAGAGGUAUAACAGGAUCAGAUUUCGUCUCUGAUAAUGGAGCUCUUCUACAUUUUACUAUUCCGCAAUAA